AUGGACGACGAAAAAGAUAGCAAGCAGAUCUGCGAUGGAGAGGCGGUCAUCGUCUCGGAAGAGCCGUUGCAAGAAGGCGAGGUGUAUGGGAGACGCCUUUCCGCGACUGAAUGGGCCAAGUAUCGUCAGACUAAGAGAGGUCUCACGCCUCGCCACGUCCAAUUGAUGGCCAUUGGUGGUAGCAUCGGAACGGCCCUUUUUGUGGGCAUCGGUGGCAGUCUCAAGAACGCUGGCCCGCUCUCACUUCUUCUGGGCUACCUAUUCUGGGGCCUUCUCUUUAUCUGGCCUUCCUACAUACUGGUGGCAGAGAUGCUCGCCUGGCUGCCCGUACGAGGCACCAUUUUCGAGCUUAGCGGCCGAUACGUUGACCCGGCUUUGGGAUUCGCCAUGGGCUGGACCUACUUCUUUGCUGGGGCGAUGCUUGUGUGCACCGAGUACUCUUCUGUCGCCACAGUCAUGACUUAUUGGAACACCGACGUGAAUGCGGCUGUUUGGGUUACAAUGGCUCUGGUGGUCUGCGUCUUCUUCAACCUUGUGGCUGUGAGGUGGUACGGCGAGUCCGAAUUCAUCAUGGCAUCGACCAAAAUUCUCCUUAUCAUCGGACUUAUACUCCUUACAUUCAUCACCAUGGUUGGCGGGAACCCGAAACAUGAUGCGUAUGGAUUUCGCUACUGGAAACACGGAAUGGCCAUGCACCCAUAUUACACCACCGGCACGACAGGACGCUUCCUCGGCUUCUUCGCCGUGGUCCGAUACGCCGCGUUCACCAUUUCCGGACCAGACUUGAUCUCCCUCGCAGCGGGUGAGAUCCAAAAUCCGCGACGAACGAUCCCCCGCGUUGCUCGUCUCGUCUUCUACCGGCUUGUCGGCUUCUAUGUUGUGGGCGUGUUGUGUGUCGGGAUCAUUUGCUCGUCUCGAGAUGCCCGACUGAUCAGUGCAAUCAGCGACGGGAAAGCUGGAGCAGCCGCUUCGCCCUGGGUCGUCGGGAUCCAGAAUCUGGGCAUCACCGGCCUCCCCAGCUUCAUCAACGCCCUCAUCCUGCUGUCGGGCCUCUCCUGCGGUAAUGCCUAUCUGUACUCCACCAGCCGAACCCUGUAUUCACUUGCUCGAGACGGUCAGGCACCCAAGUUCUUGAUGAAGUGUACGAAAUCUGGGAUCCCAACCUAUUGCGUUCUAGUGGUCACCGUCAUCUCUCUGAUCACAUACCUUGUCGCCUCCAACUCGGCGGUGACGGUCUUCUUCUGGUUCAUCUCGAUUUGUACCAUCACAUUUAUACUUACGUACGUGGGCAUGCUGUGGACCUACAUUGGUUGGUACCGUGCUCUCAAGGCUCAAGGAAUCGACCGCAACAGUCUCCCUUACAAGGCGCCCCUUGCACCAUACAGCGCGUGGCUAGCUAUCGGUGUCGGCUGCGUUGUCAUGCUGUUCAUCGGAUUCGACUGCUUUGUGCCGUGGAGCACGCAGGGCUUUGUCACCAGCUACUUUGGGCUCGCGUAUGGCGUCUUCAUGUUCGUUUUCUGGAAGGUGGUGAAGCGCACGAAAUGGGUGAAUCCCAAGACGUGUGACAUCUGGAGCGGCAAGGCCGAGAUUGACGAGGAAUGUAAAGAAUGGGAGGACGGUGGAUUCGAGGAGGUGGAGAAGGCGAGAUUGGCGCAGAUGAACAUAAUCAGGAGGACGUGGGAGAGGAUUUGGUAG